CCUAAGCUCAAAUACACACUCACACACAAACACAGACACACACACACACACACACACACAUUCACACAGCGCCAGACGCGUUUGCAAAUAGCCCGCCUGCCGCUUCCAGCGCUACUUUUCUUUUCAGGAGGCGCACAAGAAGAAAACCUGUUGGAUCUUAGUGAAAGCAUUUUGUUGCCGUUGUUGUGCGGAUUUGACCAAAGUGUUCCUACUUUUCUCGUUUUUCUUCGCUCUCUUCAGUGACAUCUAAAGUGACAACUUUCUUUGGGACCUUCUCCUAGGGGUUAAUGUGUGACUAAACUGCUUAAUUGCAUAUCAAGGUUCCUGAACCGCGCAGUUGGAUUAAAAUCAGCAUUAAUUAAUGGGCACAAUGAAUAAUUCCGUGAAAUAACUCUCUCUUCCGGACCCAAGGAUUUCAAGUGAUAAUCACAGUCCAGCUUCUCCUCUCCUUGAGUGAAGAUGUGUCGGGGAGUGUGUGUGCCGGUGGCACUGCUGACUCUACUGGUUCUGACACUGGUGGUGCCCAUGGGCCAGACCUGCCCCAGAAGCUGUAACUGCUACCAGGCCAGCGAAGUCCACUGUACCUUUCGUUCCCUGCUCACCAUACCUCCUGGCCUGCCUGCACACACACGGCGCAUCAAUUUAGGGUUCAACAGCAUCAGCAGGAUCCAUGACAGUUCUUUGGCUGGGCUGAAGAGGGUGGAGCUUCUGAUGCUCCACAGCAAUGACCUCCACCAUCUCCCAGAUUCAGUGUUCAGAGAUAUGAAAUCGCUACAGAUACUAAAGCUGAGCUAUAACAAGCUGAGAGAGAUCUCUUCAUCUCUGACCUUCUCUGGCCUGACCUCACUGCUGCGUCUGUACUUGGAUCACAACCUCCUCCAGCACAUCCACCCCCGGGCCCUGCUUCAGCUGCCUAACCUCAGGCUGCUGCGUCUGCAAGGGAACAGGCUACAUCAGCUACACCCUCAAACUCUGUGCACACUGUCCCUCCUGAAUACAUAUUACUUCUCUACACUCAGACACCUAGACAUGUCCAACAACAGUCUAACCACUCUGCCUAGAGAGACCUUAGCAACAGCACCUCUGCUGGAGACUCUUGUGCUGCAGGCUAAUCCGUGGAGUUGCGACUGUAGGAUGAACUGGCUUCUCACUUGGAGUCUGGCUCAUCCAGGCAUAAUGAAAUGUCCCAGGGGCCCUCAGUGUCCAAUCUGUGCUUCGCCCAAUUCCCUUCAAGGGCAGGGCUUGCUUGAGCAGACUGACCUAUCAUGCACCUCACCAGUCAUCCCCUCCCCAGGAAGAGACACACCUUUGGAGACAGAACUCAGUGAAAUCCAAUCAAGUGAAUCCUUCAGAGAGCCUUUAGGCACGGCUUCUCUGGGUCUGUCUGACCAACAGGGGAACAGUGUUGAUCUGAGUUGCAACAUCACUCAUUCUGAGUCCCCGGAUAUUGCUCCUCCUGAUCUCUCCCUUUCCUCUUCUUCUCCUCUCCCCCUUGCUCUGUCGCUCUCCUUGGAUUGCCCUGUGGAGCAACAGAGCUAUGAGAAACUUUGGAGGAUCCUAGCUUACUACAGUGAGACUGCGGUUCGCCUGGAGAGGGAGAUCAUGCUGAGUAAAACCCCGGCAUUGGCCUACCGUUUCAGGCAGGCAUCAGAGACAGACGGAUAUUAUCACACGGGAGUCAAGGCUUCCGUUAAAGCCAGACCACAAUGGCUGCUGCAGCCAGCCGUUAGCAUUCAACUAAACAGAGCACAGUCUAACGGACACAAAGUUCAACUUAUAUACUCAACAAGAGUUUCUGCUCAUCCUGACCCUACUUCUCAUCCCUCAAUAUCCUCCCCUGCGUCUCACCCAUGGGUACUGAUUUCAACUAAUCAUACCAACACAGCACUGGCCGCUGUUGCCGGAAGUAAGGUGGAGCUAGCAUGCCCUCUUCUAAGUUCUGGUAACCCCAAAGUACAUUGGAUUCUCCCAGAUGGGUCCAAGCUCAACACCCCCUCCAGCAGCCUAGAUAGUAGGCUUUCAGCCUCAACCUCUGGUUUACAUCUGCACAAAGUGCAACUCUCAGAUGCCGGGAUCUACUAUUGCAUAGCCCGGUCAGGCAGGGAUGUAGAUGUUCUUUCUCUUCGCCUGGCAGUGGCGGAGUCCUCUGUUCCGCCUUCAGGAGAGCAAGUGGGGCCCCGUGUCACUGGAACAGUUGGGGAGCUUGUCCGUCUGUUCUGCAAUGCAUCUGGUUCACCAGCGCCUCAUAUGAGUUGGGUGUUACCAGAUGGAAACAUAGUACGGCGGGGAUUAGCUGUAUCAGGUGGGCUCACUAUACAAUCAAAUGGGAGUCUCUCUCUGCCUAAACCUUCUCAGAGAGAUGCUGGUCAUUACCGCUGCAUUGCAGUCAACCAGUAUGGUAGUGACUCUCUGUCCAUGCAGCUGGAAUUAAGCUCACGAUAUCCCCCUCCACUUAGGACUUCAUUUCCUCGAGGGCCACAGUCAGCCGCUGGCCGAUCAACCAAGAUACGGGCCCCAUUACUACGUCAACUGGAGGAAGGAUCGGGGGAUGAAGAGGAACAAGAAGAGAGAUCUCUUAUUUUCAAUAGAAAUCGUCCAAGACUUCUCCAACCUCCUCCAAACAGACGUUAUCCAAUUGGAAAACCUCGAAAACAGGGGCCUAUGAGAGAAGGCCCCCUGAGAAGAGGAGAAGGGCCUGUAUCAUCCACUGACCAGAGAAGAAAUAUCUUUGAGAACAGACAUAGAGUUAGAACAAACAAACAAAAGAUAGAUCCUCAGAAAUGGGCUGACCUCCUGGCUAAGAUACGACAAAAGACUGCCCAAACUAAUAACAGCCAGCCUGUCACAGCAGGAAUGACCACAGCUGAACCGGUGGGAAGAGACAAAGGCGGAGACGCAAGAAGAUAUGAAGAUGAUGAUACAGAGAGAGGUAGAGCUGCGGAAGCAGGGGUGGAAGCAGAAAUUGAAGGGUCAGCUGUUGAUGAAGCUGAUCUGCAAGAGGAAGGCCUACAGUCAUUUCACCCUGUUCUCACAGAAAUGGAAACACACACAAAGACAAAAACAAACACUAAAACAGACACAGAGAUAAAGACUGGGACGGAGAGGUCAACAGAAACACAGACAGAUGUAGAGAACGAGACAGAGACACACAUACAGACAGAGAAAGCAGGCCCACUGACAGACACAGUGACAAACCCAGAGACACAGAAAGAAUCAGUGACAUUUCCACCAAUCUCAGGAACAAAUGAAAUUGUCCCAGAACCAAAUGAAGGAGAUGAGCAGGAUGCAAACCCCAAUACUUCUAGAACCAGGCCUCAGAGCCCCCGACUCGUUCCUAAUUUGGUUCCAAACUCCCGGCCUCAAAACCCUUGGAACUCUCGCAGGAGGAUUGGACAGCGUAGACGAAUCAUCAACAGGCCCAGGGGGAGACCUUUGACCCCACCCCGACCUCUCCCUGACCCUUCGAACCCAAGAUCACAGACUGCGACACCUGACACUAGCACAGAUGAAAUUAAUAUGUUCUUGCUGGCAUCAACAACCACAUCUGCAGCUUUUUUGUUGACACAGAGUGGCCAUAUUAGGACUGCUCCAAACAGUGCAGCACUGAAUCCUCUGUUUCCCCUUGUUUCUAACACUCCUGGUGUCUCCAUUUCAAAAUCUGCCUCCCCCUCAAUGACUCCUUCUUCCUCCUCUCGCAUCUUGUUAUCCCCCACUCACAUAAAUACACAUAUAGACGUGAUGACUCACUCAGCAAACAUACCAGACAAUGCAGAGUCCACUCUCUUCAACACACCGACACCAGCACCCACUCACUCGGAUGCUGCGAUUGCACAGACACAUGUGCAAGACACACAUGCCAGGACCCAUACACACAGCAUACAGACACACACAAAAACACACACAACCUCAGGCAAACAUGUUGAUACACCCCCAAGCAAACACAGUGAAGAGCCAGAGAGGAAUUUGUUAGGUGGACCAUAUGUGUCCCACUCCUCCACCUCUCUCUCACUUACUCCCUCCUUCUUUGCUUCCUCCACAUUCCCCAGUGCAACUGCCACUACUACUGCAAAAGUUACUCCUUCAACUACUGUCAAGCGCACUCAUUCUACCAGCACUACACGUAUAUCUACCACUACAGCUAGUAAGGAGACACUUCCCAUAACAACUACAAUUACACCUAUGACUACAAAUCCCAUCACUGUAACUACCAGUAUUAUUCCAACAUCUAGCACUGCCAGAAGCACUACAACUGCCCCUACCUCUACCACUACUACCACAACUUCUAUUCUUACAUCUACUACUCCCACUACUACUUCUUCAAGUACCUCUUCUACCACUGCUUUUACCACUACUUCCAGUGCUACUACUACAACAAUCUCAUUCAAAGCCUUUCCCACAACUCCUACCCCCAUCAUUCCUACAACUACUACCACUGUGACAAUUAUCCCCAUUACUCCUACUGCUACUACUGCGACAACUACUAAAACUACCCAUCCUACUACUACUAGAAUUACCAUCUCAGCCAAAACUUCUCCAACCACUACAAGGGCAGCUACACCAAGUACACCUUCUACUACUACCUCAACAAUGACAUCAACAAGUACCACAGCAUCAUCCAAAGAGAGGCCAAGCAUUGGCCUAGUUGACCCGAGGCGGAGGCCUGUUUCUGGGGAUUCAAACCAGACUCGACGCCCUACUGACUGGAGGAACCCUGGAGCUAAUUCUAUUCCUGAUUCCCAUAACAGCAGACCACACUUGCACCACUCCGCUUCACUUCCUGCUGCCCCUGGGGCCACAGUGAGAUCUAGACCAAGGAUCGCAGACCCACACAUCAGGACAGUGUCAUUCCCAGCAGAGAGUACUGCCAGGCUGGCUUGUGAAGCACAAGGCGAGCCCAAGCCCUCCAUCACAUGGACCAAGGUUGCCACAGGAGCGGUGAUGUCAAUCCACUCCAGAGCUCAACGUUUUGAGAUCUUGCCAAAUGGCACCCUUGUUAUCCAGAAUGUUCAGCUGCAGGACAGGGGCACAUACAUCUGCAGUGCACACAGCUUUCUGGGUCGUGACAGAUUGCUAACCACCCUGGAAGUGUGGACCCGCCCCCCUCGGAUGCAGCUGGCCAGCUACAGAGAAAAUACCAUUCAUCAGGGUGGAGAGGUGCACUUGGAUUGCCAGGCGGAUGGUGUUCCCACCCCUUUGCUCUCUUGGGUCCUACCUGAUCGCUCUGUCCUGACCUCCACUGCACCCUCCAUCAAUCGCAUCACUAUGGACACAAAUGGAACCCUCCAUAUCUCAGCAACUUUACCUAGUGACAGAGGAGUGUAUCGCUGUGUGGCCUCCAACUCAGCAGGUGCUGCCAGUGCCUCUGUACGUCUACACGUGUCCAUGUUGCCGCCAGUGAUACUGCAACCCAGGGAUGAACACCUGCUCUUGUCUCCAGGGAGGCCAGUUUACGCUCACUGCUCUGCCCGAGGUGCCCCACCACCAACUCUGCGCUGGCGAAUCCCUGAUGGAACUCUAGUUCGGCCAUCCCAGUUUCUCCAUGGCAACCUUUUUGUCUUGCCCAAUGGGACACUGCAUGUUCGAAGUGUUGGGCCUAAGGACUCAGGGAAUUAUGAGUGCACAGCAAGUAAUGCUGUUGGAGCCGAUAAGAGAACAGUGAGGGUAGAAAUUGAAGGGGGAGCAGAAGGAGAAAGAACACAGGGUGGGGUAAGAAAUGAAGGGGCAAAAGCAGCUGCUACUGAAAAACCAUCUCCUUCAUCUUCACUCCAUAAAGACAGAAGUGUGUCCAUCCCAAGCAACCCCUCAAAUCCAUUAAACUUCUCUAGACCCCACCCCCCAUCGCCCCUAGAUAGAUCCAGGACCUUGCUGCUCACCCCAAACUCUUCUCGCUCAUCUUCUUACCCUCACCAACCCCAUUCAGUUAACUCCUCUCCUAAAAUCAACAAAACAGUCACUGUCUCCCCCACACACUUGACGAAAAUCACCAAAACAAAACCCUCCCCUCUCUCCCCAACCUCGCCAGUGCCUACAAAUAACACCAAAGUCUCACCCGGCAUUGUAAACAACACAAGAGUUACUUCUUCUAACCCCUCUGACAAAGGCAGAGCCUCAGCUGUUUUGCAACCCAUGCCUGUCUCUCCCUACAGUAAAGCCCGAAUUGUCUCUAUGUCACCGUCUAUCACUACUGUCCACUAUGGGGAAAUUUUGCAGCUCCAUUGCUCUGUAACUGGCAACCCAUCACCCAUCAUCAUUUGGAGGACCCCGAGCAAGAAACUGGUGGACAUGCACUUCAGUUUUGACCGACGUCUAAAGGUGCAUCCUAACGGCACUCUGUCAGUCCAGGCAGUAACAGAGAAGGAUUCUGGAGACUACCUGUGUAUCGCACGCAACAAAUUCGCAGAUGAUUACCGCCUCCUGCGUGUCUCUGUGGCUACCAAGCCUGCCAAGAUCGAACAACAGCCAGUCAAUCAGAUGGUGAUGUUUGGCAAACCACUGAAGGUGGACUGCCAGGCAUCAGGACUGCCUGACCCAGCUGUCCGUUGGAGCUUACCAGAUGGAACCAUGGUGAACAGUGUGUUACAGGGAGAAGUCAGAGGAGGGCGAGCACGGAGGCUUACUGUGUUUGACAAUGGGACGUUACUGGUUCCAGCAGUGGGUAUGGGACAGGAGGGAGUGUAUACUUGUUAUGCUGAGAAUCAAGGAGGACAAGACACCAUGAAGGUCAAAGUGAAGGUCAUGAUGACAUCUCCACCAACCUUCAUCGAUGAUAGAAGCUACCACAUCAUCAAAGUACGUCAGGGGGCAACCGCCAAAAUUCGCUGCCAGGCCACAGGAGAUCCUGCUCCAACAGUGAUAUGGUUUUCUCCGACACACAAUGCCAUUCCACAAAGUUUGGGAUCUGGUUUUUAUCCUGAGCGAGUUGUCAUGAUUUCAGAUGGAACUCUGGAGGUGCGUCUGGUUCAAAAGAUUGACACAGGAAACUAUACAUGCAGAGCAAGCAACUCAGCCGGGGAGAGGAGCAUGGUGGUGGGCCUGGAGGUGGAGACUCCUAACCAUGGACUCAGUGGCCAGGUGGGAGGAAGUGCUUGGAGUACUAACAAUGGGCCUGACAGUGGUCAUAGCAGCAGUUUAGGGGGCAAGAUGAAUAAUGCAGGGAUAAGCCAGUAUGGAUUUACCAAUGGAGUCACAAGUAGGCUUGGCAGCAAUAACAGAAACAAUAAUGGCUACAGUGAUAAUAAUGGCAGGAUAAGAAACAUUGUACCAAACACAGGCGUUAACAUAGCAACCAGUGGCUUUAAUCCUGCCCUUAGGAGUGAUAGUCAAAAUGGAUUUAACAGGCCUGUCAGUGGAAUUGCAACACAGCAUGGUAGCAGUGUAAUCGGUGUCGGGGGGAGCGUGGCUACAAAUAUAGGCCUUAGAGCAGAUAACACUGGAAUAAACAGAAAUGUAUCUGGCAUUAUGAGUAGUAGUAAUAGUGUGGGUAACAGUCACAGCACAGUUAGAGGAGAUAAUGUAGAAAGGAAUCCAGGGACUAAUAAUAAUGAAGUCAUCGCAGGAAAAGGUCGUAAUGGUGCCAACACCAGUAGAGACAAUGGCGGGAUAAGUGGUGCUACUAGAAAUGCUGGAGUUUUUAGCAGAACUGUGUCAAAUAAUGAAGCUGCUACUGGCACGCUCAGAGAAAAUGGGUUCCGUAGGACUAGCAAUAUAGGAGUGACCAAUGAUAACAGCAGGAUUAGUGGUGGUUCAAGUAGUAGUGGUAGAACAGUUAAUAAUACAGGUACUAACACAUUUGUGGGUGUGGUAACGACUGUGAAGCAGCAAGCCGUGAAAGGCCAAACUGUUCUUUUGCCAUGCCCCUCCCAAGGCUCCCCUCCCCCUCGUCUGACCUGGGUCCUGCCUGGGAACGGUGUGUUUCCAGCUCCAUACUACGGCAGUCGACUCACUGUGCACCGAAAUGGCUCCUUGGAGCUGCGAGGUGUGCGGGCGAGUGAUGGCGGGACCUUGGUAUGUGUGGUUAGAGGUGAGAGAGGUGACAGGAUACAGGUGAAGCUGGAGGUCUUUGAGCCACAGGAGGAGUCCAGAUCACCACACUGGGGACCGGCUGUGGGAAGAUCUGUUCAAGGAAGUGCUGGCUUAAUUGAGACGCCCCGCUCAGGAGCCGCAUUGGAUUCAGCUCAAUCCUUAAGCUCAAGGCCAGUGUUGCCUGAGACGCUUCAUCCAAGAAUCCUAGUUACUCAAAAGCCUCUACACAGAAGCCCGUCUCUACCUGCUGCACCUCGUCCAGUUGGCCCUCCAUCCCACUUAACAAGCCCUGUCUCAGAUCCAACAGUGAGCACCAGAACAGCUCCUCUGGUAAGCAUCAUUAAUGGAGAGACCCUUAGCCUGCCUUGCCCUGGUUCUCAAAUCCAUGGAUACACCCAGGGCUCGCUUUCAUGGACCAUGCCCAAUGGCAAGGUACUGUCUCGGGGUGAGAGCGGUGACUCAGGCCGACACCUAGUCCAAGAGGAUGGAACACUAACAGUGCAACAGGCAUCUGUGUUUGACCGCGGCACUUACACUUGCAGAUCCACUGAUCACAACUCCUCCACAGUUUCACUCGUCACGGUUCCUGUUAUCGUCAUUGCCUAUCCCCCGCGCAUAACAACCGGCCCCUCCCCAGUGACCUACACACACCCUGGGGUUGCUGUGGAGCUGCCGUGCCUGACCAUAGCAACACCCCGGGCGACGCUUACCUGGGAAACACCAGACCUGACACAGCUGAGAGUGAUGGGUCAGGCUCGUAUGUAUGGCAACCUCUACCUUAGUCCUCAGGGUUCCUUGGUGAUACAGAACCCGACAGGCAGGGAUACAGGAUUUUACAGAUGCACCGCCAAAAAUGUAAUAGGAGUGGACACCAAGUCAACCUACCUGCAUGUUAUAUAAUGGAGUGAAGAAAACACACAAACAUGCAGCAGAAAGACAAAGACUCCACCAGUUAUCUGUACUUGCAAAUUAACUCCUCUGCUGUUAACACUGAGUGUCCCACAUGCCCAAAGGAACUGCACAGCUCCAUGCAGGAGAUACUGUUGAAUCUCAGAAAAGACACUACUAAUACACAGUUAUAUGUCUCAUGUAUGUAUUUUUAAUGUAGGACUUUUUUUUUAAAUACUGUAAUUUUUUUAUAUCAGGAGUUGCGAGAUUCUCUGUUGAUACAGUGUCAUGCUUUUUUCUCUGCAUACACCAAUUCUUUGUGUUUAAGGAGGGUUGUUUUAUGUACCCUUAACCUGUUGUGCCUUGUCUCAUCAGCCUAAAACCCAUUUUGAAAUGAUGACAGAGGAAGUAAAAUACAAUGCACAUAAAAUGAACAUAUUUACAGUAAGAUUGCUGCCCAAACGUAAAUGCCCGGAUUUGUAUUAAGUAUAAAACAUGAUUUCACACAUAAUAUAAUUUUAAACUGAAGAACUGCAAUCCCCUACCCCACAUUUUGGUAAUACUGAAAGACAAGCACUCUUUACAUGUCUUGAUUGCUUUAGUUCAUUACUUUAUGCAUUUAUCCACUAACACUACAGUUUAACCAUAUUUUACUGACUGGAUCACCGAAUAUUUUAGACAGACAAAAGACAGCAUCACACGAUGUAGAUGAUGACAGAGGGCUUCAGCAUUAUGAUCCACCAAAACAAACCUUGUCAAAUUUUGUUCUGCCACCAUCGACUGUAUCUCACAAUCUCACAGCAUUACAUGGGCAGAAUGAGAUAUGGCACAAAGCAUUCAUAUAAACACAAUAACCGAUUAUUUUGAUAUUAAUAUUGUAUAAAUGUUCGUGUGGCUCAAGAGCCUACCCUAAGCUCGUGCACAAAGCCAGCAGCUCAUAGUUAUCAUGUGUCCUGUCUUCUUCGAUGUUUUCAUUUUGUCCUUAAAUUAUUUGUUGUGUAAAGACUCUGUUGUAAGACACCAGUGUUUUGUCAUAAAGGGAGAAAUUAUUAAAUAUUAUUAUAUAUGUUUGAUGUCUCACUAGUCACGAUGAAUGCUUACUAUAUUUUUAACUGCUCCAUUUUAUAAAUAAAGUUUGAAAAGUAGUGAAAGUGUUUACUCCAUGAAAUGUCAACAACUGAAGCACAAUUUUUUUCAGAAAUAUGGUACAGGCACAGAGGGUGUGCUCAGAGUCAGAGUGAGAAAAGAAAACACCUGGUGGGAGUGCAAAAGAGAUGAGGGAAACUUUUCCUUGAGUAUAUUAUGAGAACAGAAACUCUUUAUCCCCAGCUCAGCUGUCAAACCAGGAAAUUGGGUCUUAACUGUAGAUGAGAGACAUGUUGAUGACAUCAUAUUGCUCUCCGUGGGAAAUGCAAUAAAACUAACAGCAGCCCGCAGAGCAACUCCAUGCACCACCCUGGGCUCACACCUGCCAAGUGCUGUUGACAGCAUGUAUUCUGAAUCCAAUAAAUACUAAUACUUUAAAUUAUACAUUUUAUGUAUGAGCAGAGCACUGCGAUGGUGCACCAUUUUAUCCACUAGUGUGAAAGAAAGUAAAUGAUACAAAGUGUGCAACAACAGAUGUCAAAAAAAAAAUACUGCAUCAAGGACUGUUUUUGUUUCCUAAGCAGUCAGCAGUGCUGUCACACCAUGCAAACUGUAAACCAUAAUUUUUGGACUGUUUUCACUGGUUUCCCAGCUGUGAACCGCAUCUACAUUUCUGUUUUGCAUCACACAGUGAGCAAUGGUGUCAAUCACCAGCAAACUCAAGAAAUUUUUGCCUGCAUGUUUGUUAUGUUGUGUGAACAUACAGCACUGCACAUUCAGUUAGAAUUAGAGUGCAAACAUGCAACUAGGACACAGGCCAAGACUAUCCUCAGCCCUUGAGGCUAACUAAGGCCAGUCACUUGGCUAAUUUAGCAUUUUCAAAAUGAAUAUAAUCUGUCUAAACCUGUUGAUGUCAUGAGCCAAACCUUGUAGAAAAUGAGAGUUGCUGAAUUAAUGAAAACAAAAACACACAAACAACAACUUCAAGCAUUGCAGGGCUGAAUCUUAUUGAUGUGAAGAUGUUCACAGAUCAAAGGCAGUCCUAAUUAAAAUCAUUGCCAUGCAUCACUCAGUAAGGCAGUUUAGUUUGGUUUGAGUAUCUAGUGGGAAAUAUAGUUCAGAAGAGCAAUAGAGUUCUGUUAUGUGCUCAACUUUUGUUGAAGCCAGUUGUUUUCUGUGAAGACGUUUUAUGUUUUGAAUUAUCUCUUUUAUAGUGUUGAAGCAUUUCCAUCCAUUGUAGCACAGCAAUUUUAUGGUUUCAUGUUUGUGAUUUCUUUUAAGCAAUACAUUAUUGCUAAUCCCUCUUUUUUGUGCAAUUGCAAAUUUACAAGCAUACCUAAUAAAGUGCAUCACAUAUACAUUU